GUUAUUGGAACAAAAUGUUUUUAUCAACAACAAUUUGAUGCGACUGCGAAUGACUUCGGAAUGGUGCAUUUUACUAUUUUGGAGACAAAAAUAUAAGAGUACAUUUCUAAAUGACUUAGUAGGUUGAUCACCGUGGUUACAAAGCAACAAUGGGAAUCCGAGGUUUACUGUCGCACUGCUUGGAGAGGCGCGACCAGUGCACCGAGAAAGUUGACCUCAUCGAGAUAGCGGCACAGCAGAAUGGCAUUGAACUUCUUGUGGACUUCUAUAGCUUCCAGUCGUUCGUAGCAAAUGCUUUCUGGAAGAGCCUUCAGUCACUGCAUCGGAAUCCAUACUUGAGAAUCAGUGGCGGGGAGUAUGCUUCGCUCGACACUUACUUGACUAAAUUUGUGACGGAUCUCAAGUCGUUGGACAUCAGUCUCGUGUUUUUUAUUGACGGCGGUAAGGGAAGCUGUCCAGAGACGACCCGACAGAAAUUAGAUACCUGGGUUGAAAGACAUAAACGGGACUUGAGGAGAAUGACUACGAUCCUGGAGGUGUGUUCGGGGAUGCGAGCGAUCGCCGACCUGGCUGACGAUUGUAACAUUCGUCCGGUUCUUCUGGAGGUGCAGAUCAUCUCCACACUGAGACGAUGUGACUGCGAGGUUGUGCAGUGUGUGGCUGGAGAAGCCGACUACGUCCUUGCUAAGAGCUUAACCGAGCGGGACAGAGCCUUUGCAGUGUUAUCUGGUGAUACGGACUUCUGUGUUUUCAAAGGUGGUCGAUUCAUCUGCUAUGAUCUGUGGGACCUGAAUGGUGAGAUGGAGCUGGGGUUGCCGUCUGCUGUGCCUAAGAAACCAACUUGUCUUCUAUGUGAAGUGAUUACUUCGGAGAAGCUCUCCCAGCAACUAGGGUUCCAUGAUAUCAGUCAGCUUAUUGAGAUGAGUAUUGUGGCCGGGAAUGACUUCACCAUGCCCAUCAUGCACAAUAUUCAUUUAGAUAUACAAGGUUGGAAGUGUAUCACUUCAUUCGCCGAGUGGACGAAAAAAUACCAGACAGUAGAAAACCACCCAACUCUCAGAAUGGAAAUGAGACGAAAUCCAAAGUUUCAGACAGCUGUCGAACACUCACGUCACUUUUACCUCCUCCAUCUGAAUGAAGAAGUAGGUAGUUCAUUUAAAGAUGUUUCUACCACUGUCAUUGAAGAGGGAGUUAAAAGGGGAGACUACUGUCCCAACUUUGUGAGCAUGAACAAUAGUUUCUACUGGCAACGGAUGCUGCUGGAGGAUAUUUCACACGGUUGUUCCUGCGUGGAGAUUCAACUGUGCCCACUUAGAUCAUACAUUUACAAACUGGUGCUGCCCAGACACAAACAUUUUGUUACGGAAUACGGAAGAACCCCUUGGGAAGAGUUCAAGCAUGCAACGGUGAAUGCAACAGAUGACCGAACCGUUCCACCCAUCAACUAUAUUCAGAAGCAGCAGAUUUUCCGAAACCUGAAAUUCUUCCACCACAUCAUGACACACAUGGAACCAGCCUGGGAUCCUAACAAAACUUGGUUUGACAGGUAUGGAAGGAAAAAUGGUUUCAUUGCCUACAUCCUUCGUUAUUUCUUGGUGCUCAACUGGGGACAGAACUUGUACGUGACUGAAAAAGAGUUCUUUGCCCUUGUUGCCAUGGUGUAUGGUCGAUGUGAUGAAAGCUUGUUCCAGCCAAUAGAUCUGAGACCUGUUACCCGCUGCGUUACACUUGGCAACUGGUUUCAGGAUAUUUAUCGCCAUGCCCACCAGUUCCUGGGUAAGAUUCUGUACUUGACUCAUGAGUUUCCUCUGCCGAAGGAAAUCUUCUCUGGUUCCGUGUGGACAGUGUUCUUCGUAUGCUCCACUGAUGAAUUGUUCUACAUGGUGUCGAGGCAUGACCCCGCUGGCCAGCUGCAUGCGGCACGGCAGAAAAUGAAUGAAAUAAUUCACGAGAAGAGACAUAUUAUUAAAUAUCUCGUCGAUGGGGUGUUCCCCUUCGCUGAUAGAUGGUGAACGACAGCAUGCGUCAAGAACUUGAAAACAUCUGGACGACUGCUUGUCAAAAGUCUUUAUCCAAAGAAAUGAGGUCUGAUGUUGGCUCAUUACAAGGUGUUUCCAUGGGGAUGUUGACUACUUGUGGCUUGCAUGAUGAUUAUGGUGGUUUUGGGGGACUUAACAAGAGAUGAUGGCAGCUUGAGAUGUAGAUUCAAUAGUGCUCUGAUGUUUAGAAGUGCCUAAACAAUCCAGUGUUCAAAUAUUUCUAGUCAAUUUAUAAAAUAUAGAGGCUGGGGUUUCUGGAAUAGAUUAUAAUUUAUUACACACCAGUGUAAGAUAUUGCUCAUGUCACAACAAUAACUCAAUAUCUAACUAGUGUAAUAUUGGCAUGACAUGAGCGUGACAGAUCACUUGUUGACCCAGUUCGUAGAAAGAUAACGUGUAGUAGGUCUCGACAUCUACAUACUUCUGCAUAGCAGCUUCUUAGCAAUUGGUUUAUAAUAAAUAAAAUACUAAACUAACUUGCCUGUCAUACCAUUUUUAUGAAACUUGCGAACAGUGUUGGUAUCUGACGAGUGAUGGUGCAUAUAAAAGAUCCCUUGCUACUAAUGGAAACAAAGUAGCGGGUUUCCUGCCUGCAUCAAAAUGACCAUAUAUUUGACAUCCAAUAGCUGAUGAGUAAUAAAAUGCCAUGACAGGCAAGCUUGUUUAGUAUUCUAUAUAUAGAAAAUGCAUGUUAGUUUAUUAUAGAGUGGUAUUGCUGCUUACUUCCCCCCCCCCCCCCCCCACCCUAAAAACAAAUCCUGCCUCCACUGCUGUAUUCACAGUUUGUCAGAUAAAAUUAAAAGGUUUAAGGCUUUCAAAAUUAUGAUUGCUAGAGGUGCUUGCAUCGUAGGAUCAAACCACUCAGUGGAUCCAUCCUCUGAUUGGGCUUUUCCCAUUCCAACCAGUGCACCAUGACUGGUAUGUCAAAGGCUGUGGUAUGUGCCGUCCUGUCUGUGGGAUAGUGCAUAUAAAAGAUCCCUUGCAGCUAAUGGGAAAAUGUAGCAGGUUUC